AUGAUUUCAAACAUAGCAAAUCUUCUAGAGAACGUAUCGUUGACGAAAGAUGAAAUUUAUGGUUCAUCGACUGAUGCAAAUAGAAAUAACAACGGCACACAGAUAACUGAUAUUACGAGUUUAUGUACACGUCAGUAUCGUACAAAGCAAGAAAUAUACGACGAAAUUGUAUUUGAAUGUGCUGAGAUCGAAAGAAAUAAGUACUGGGAAUCUUUAACGCAGUUAUCACAGGUUGGAUUGGUAUCAAAUCGAUCUCAAACAAGAACUGUGGCGUGUUCAACUAAUGAAUUCAGAGAUUUGAUGAGAAGCUCAUGCACUACAAAUCCAUAUUUAUCAAGAGCAUAUGACAACAACAUGACACUACAAUAUCUUAUACAAUUGUUAGUAACAGUUGCACGCGAACACGAAAUUUGGAAUGAUGAAAACGGAUCAAAUUCACCAGAAUCUUUAUUGCAACGUAAAAGGUUGCAGAAUAGAGAAGCAGCAACUCGCUAUCGAAAACGACAAAAAGAGCUAAAAGAGGAGGCAGAACUAGAAUUGACUGUACUAGUCAGCAAAAACAAUGAAUUGAAGUAUGAAAUCAAACAAAUGCAGUCUGAAAUCGAACGAUUAAAAGCACAAGUUCUGCGUGCAAUCAGUUAA